ACACGAAUGGGCACGAAACUGAAACUGACAUCGUAUGUCAUUUUUAGUGGAGCGAGUUUCUUGUUUACAACAAAUUUUUCGUUCAUUCUUUCUCAAAAUUUAUUUUCGCCCAAAAAUCAGCGAUCUUCUUUGGUCUAGCCCCAAAAAAACACAUUUAUAUCGUCGUGGUCAUUGAAUGGUAUUUACAUGCCAUUUUGUGCAAACGAAUAAAACUAAAUGAAAACCAGGAAAAAAUAGUGGCGAGAACGUUAAUCAACUCAGACGACGCCAAUCGGAAUUGAUGUGCAUAUUUUUUCACCACUUCAUAUGUGCAUACAUAAUUGGAAGAGAGAGAGAGAGAGAGAGAGAGAGAGAAACGAAAGAAAAAUUUGAACAAAGACUUCAAUUUUAUCAACGUAAAAAGGUUGUUCAGUUUAAUUUUUAUCGAUUGUUUGGGUGUUUGACGGCACCAUUUUUGGCCUCGAACGAAUAAACAAAAAAAAACAAUAGACUUUGACUGAUUGUGCGUAAAACAGUAAUUAUCAUUCACAAAUGUAUAACACAUAGAAAAACCUGAAAAUGUUGUUAGACGAACCAAAUCCAUUUUCCUUCUAUUUCUUCUUCUUCUUCUUCUUCUUCUUAUUCUUUAUAUAAAAUUAGAAAUUGCUAAUGGUGGCGGUACUGUGAACGCUAGAAUAACACUUGCGAAAACAUUUACACAGAAGUAAGCGAAACUUAGAAAACAGCUUCGAUCGAAAUAAACCAAAAAAAAACAUACAUAGACACACAAACACGCAUACGUAUAUACAACAAAUUCAAAUCCCGAAUGAACAACAUCAUUCCCAUGAGAUAUGGAUUGUUGAAAACGGUCAUCCAUACAAAGUAAGAAUUAAGCAGUAUGAAACGCGCUAAUGUUAUCGAUACUAAAGGGAUAAUGGUUACUGGUGCAACUUCAUCAAAACGUUCCUAUCAGUUGCGCGGCCCGGCAACAACAAACCCCAAACGAUCGCCUUCAACUAACAAAAUUUCGGUUCAGGGUGGAAAGAAAUUGAGUACAAAUAACAGUGAUCAAUCCCAUGAAAAUGCAACUAGCGACAAUUCGAUGGGUUCGGAUACACAGGCCAAUCGAACAAGACGCAGUAGCAUGCGACUAGGAUCACGUAAUACAAUAUCGAAUGUAGGUGGUGUGAAAACGCGCACAAAACGCACUAUUCCAGAUAACAACCGUGCUACAAUCGGCAACAAGAAAAGUAAAACGACUCCGCUUCCAUCUUCUCCUCCUCCACCACCAUCACCAUCAUCAUCACCACCACCACCAUCACCACUACCAUCUGCGUUGUCUCCGCAACCAACAAACGAUACGGACGAUGUUGUGGACAAUGGUCGAAAAGUUCGCGGUUCAAAAUCAAUAAUUAGAGAUAGUAAAAAUGGUGUUGGUAACAGUAAUCAUAUUAACGGUAGCCAUAAUAAUAACGAUCAUGAUAACAUUGUGGAGGAUACUGAUCCGAUUGAUAGUAGUGAUGACAAAACCGAUACGAAUUCAUCAACAAAACCAAAGACGAAGCGCAUCCGUACUAAACGUAGAUAUAUUUGUAACUUCUGUGACAAAGAGUUUUUAGGUGGCAACGAUUUGCGCAAACACAUUCGCAUCCAUACCGAUGAGCGACCAUUCGAGUGCCAGCACUGUGGCCAACGAUUUCGACAGGGUGGAUGCCUGAAAAAUCACAUCGCUUCGCAACAUGGCACUUCCGAAACAUUUACAUGCUACUAUUGCAACAAAUCGUUUCCGAUCAAAGAACGACUUCGACUGCACAUGCGACUACAUAGUGGCGAGAAACCUUACCACUGCAAAAUUUGCUUCAAGCGCUUCGCUCGUGGUGGCCAGUUGACCCAGCACCUGGCAAGCCAUUCGGGCGUGAAGAAAUAUCGUUGCACCCAAUGCUCGAAUUCAUUUUCGUGUUCGGUCAAUUUGAAAUUGCAUGUAAAAAGCCACUUGAAUGUUCGUGACUAUACGUGCCAUCUUUGUGGUAAAUCAUUUGUACGGCCAGAUGCUUUGAAAAAACACUUGACAUGCUUCCAUGAGAAUGUGAAGGCCUUUUUCUGCAGCAUUUGCUCACGAACAUUCAAGGGUCAUUUGCCGCAGCACAUGCGAACACAUGAAAAUGUUAAAUCGCACGGAUGCGCCAAUUGUGGUGCAACAUUCUCACAAAAAUCCCAGCUAAUCGUUCAUCAGCGCAUCCACUCGGGUGAACGACCAUACCGAUGUCAGGUGUGUUGGCAAGCGUUUGCCCAUUCGAGCGUACUGAAGUUGCACAUUCGUAAGCACACCGGCGAAAAGCCGUUCAAAUGUUCGGUGUGCAAAGACACGGAGACGGCAUUCUCACAAUUGCCACAUUUGAAAACGCAUAUGAGAGCCAUUCAUGGCAUGGACAAAGUCUACCAUUGUGAAUUCUGUUCGGAAUAUUUUAAAACAAAGCACGAACUCCAGGAGCAUAAAAUCAAAUGUUCGAAAGCACCAAAAGUGUCGGAGCACCAGGUUGACGAUCAAUUUGGUGGCCAUCAUGCAGCGGUUGAACCGAAAUGCUCGACCAAAGAAACCACACUAUCACGUAUGCGGCUACUGAUUGCGGUGCUAUUGAAGAAGAUUUCAUCACAGGAUCGACUCAAGCAGCUCGGAUUUGAUAAGCGAUUGAUUGACAAUGUGCUGAUGGAUGCACUUAAAAUGGCCGGCCAAGAUGUAGUCACCGACACCAAACUACAUGAAGUUGAACGCUUGCGGGCAAAUGUGAAAAUCUUCUUGGACUGGUCCAUACCGGAUACAUACAUGAAAAAAUUCAAAAAUGAACAGCGCAGCACCGAAGAAUUGCUUGAGGACCUCACUAGUAAUUUUAAUCGUCAGCCAAAAAAAGCAUAGAUUUAUUUUUGGUUUUUUUUUUCUUUUUCUUCAUUUUAUUUUUUAAAAGAAAAACAAAAACCCUAGUUCAAUGGAACACACAAAAGCCGUUAACGAGACAGGUUUAGAUGAAUUUUUUUAUACAUAUAUAUAUAUAUAUAUCAAUCAAUCAAUGAUGCAAUUAUUAAAAACAAAUUAUAUUUAGAUUUUGAUGAAUAGUAAUGCUAGAGCAUUGUUUAGCCAUUUAAACGAGAGAAUGAAUUUCUUCAUUUUAUUUUUAUUCUCGAUUUGCUAUUAUCCAAAGAGGAACAUAAACCAAAUAUUUUGCUUUUCCUAUUCAAAUGCCAUUGUUUUUUCUUGUUCGAAUUUAGUUAUUUAGACAAUGAUUGAUUGAUUUUUUUUUCGAAAUGUAACUCUAGUCUACAUUUAAUUCAGAAGAAAGAACAGAAAAAUUUAUAACGAUAAAAUAUCACGCCUGCGAAUUCAGUUCGAAAUUCAUUUCAUGCUGAGACAAAGAUGAAGAAAAAAAAAUGUAAAACUAAAUUAUGUGAUAUUUAAUGGCCUUUUGUAUGUUUUUUGAUAAACGAAGAAAAAAAAUGACAAAAAAAACAAAGUUUCAAAAAGAAAUCCAUUGCAUAAACAUAACCAAAUCCAUCAAUUCUUAAUUUGAGAAUUAGAAUGAUUUUUUUUUAUUCGUUUGGAUAAAGUAUAAAAAUGCAUACAUGAAUCAUCUAUUCAAUAUACAUAUUCGUUCUCUACGCAUAAUAACAAAAACAAAACGAAUUUUACAUGUUUCAAUUUGCUGAGCAGAAGUCAAAUUAUAAAAUAGAAUAAAAUUUAAACGAAAAAAAAAGGAAAUGUCAUUUUUGCAAUAACUCAUUAGUAAUGUCAUUCUAAGAAUAAUCAUCGUAAUUUUCAUUUUGUUUACUACAAUUAGACGAUAAUAGUUGUUCUCAGUGUUUCUUGUUUGAUACUUGAAUAGAAUAUUUAUUAGGAAAUGGAGAAAAAGGAGGAAGAAUGAUUAAUGCCAUUGCCACAAUUGCCAUCAAUUUCUUUUAAGUCGACCAUAGAUAUAGAUAUGAAAAAUGCAAGUGAAAAGGGCGAGACACAUCAUCAUGAAUGAUGAUAAGCGACGCGUAAUUAUCGCUUAUCCGAUAUCUGAAGCGGUCUAAUCAAAAAUUGAAUGAAAAAUAAAAGGGGAAACACCAAAAUCGUAACAGUAGUUAAACAACUCGGCCCAAAUAGUAAAAAAAACCAUUUAUCAAGUAUUUGGUUUUUUUCCCAUAUGAAACAUAUCGGACAUAUAAACAAAAAAUAAAACAUAAAUGGCAUUUCAUCAAUGUAUAAUGAAACGGUAAAAGAAAUUUUGCUACCAUCAAAUGUAAUUCAAAUUUGAUUGAUCCAAAUGAAACAUUUUUUUUUAAAAUAUUUUCUCAAUAAACUGUAAUUAAUUGCAA